GCGCACGGGAGCCGCAUUCCUAGUUCUCCAGCCAGCAACUGACGCCUCCCACCACCUCUAUCACCCUCAUACUUUCAUUGCCGUCACCUGAAGUUCACAGUAGAGAAAAGUCUUUGGGAACGUGUCAACAUGGAUGGUAUUACCGCUCGUAGGAAGGCUAAAGUAGCUGCACAUGAAGCCAUUAAGAAACAGGCUGACGUAACUGGUGAGAGAGAGGCGUACCAGUUACAUGGUGUUGCCCGGAGGAAAACUGUACUGGAAGUACAGGAGGCUGGUACAGAAAUGAUUACACGUAAAGCAAACGUGUUGUUGGAUGCUGAAGUCCUUGAGAGUACAUUAGGUAUGCUCAAAUGUGAUGAUUGUAACGGUAGUGUGAAGGUUUUAGUGAAACCCGUGUGUGUUGAUACCGUGGUGUCAGUGACAUGUGUGGAUUGUAACAAGAUUGUGCUUGAAAUAAAACCCAAAUUAAUGAAUGUGAACAAAACUGAAAAAGAAGAAGACAUAUAUGAAAAUAAUCUAAGUUUAGUAUUAACAUUGGCUAGUCGUGACGUUAGUUAUAGAGAAUUCUUUGAUGCAGCUGAGAGUAUGAAAAUAGGUGGUCUGUCAUACAAGUCAUGGCUCAGACAUUUAAGGUAUAUUCAUAAUGCCUUACUCAAGAAGUGUGUUGUUAUGUUCCUUAAAGCUAGAAGUGCUGUUCAGAUGAUAUAUGGAGAGAUAGGUCGACAUCCAGAUACUGAUGGUAUUUUAAACAUUGAUGUGAGUUAUGAAAGUGCUUGGCUUGAUCAGGGACCUGAGAGAUACUAUGGCGUGGGCGUUGUUAUUGAACUUUACACUGGCAUUGUGUUGGACUGGGAAUUUGUGUCAAGUUACUGCCACGAGUGUAAAGAGAAGAAAGAAGACAAGGUGCAGGGAAGCUAUGAUGAAUGGAAGAGGAGUCAUGAACGUAACUGCAAUAUGAAUUACAAGGGUGAUAGUGACGGUAGGGAAGAAGCAGUUGUCCAGAGGAUGUGUUCAAGAUCUGUAGAGAGAUACCAAGUUAGGUAUGUUGUGUUUAUCACAGAAAGAGACUCUAACGCUUGUGACAAAAUAAUGCAAAUGAAUAAUGGACAGGGCCCGUAUGGUGCUAAACAUGCUGUUGUCAAAGAGGAGAGUAUAAGUCAUUUGAGGAAGGAACUGGGUGCAGCUCUGUAUAAGGUAAGGGAUCAAAUGAUUAAAAUGAAAUGCCCAGAGCUGACUAAAGAAGUUAUUGGGAAUAUUCAGUCCCAUUGUGAAAUGUCGGUGAGACUAAACUUAGGAAAAUCACGAAAAGAUAUGAAGAGAGCCAUUUUUUCCUCGUACCUUCACUGCACGGCCGUAGAUGACACACCUGAUCGACACCAGUUUUGCCCGCAAGGCCCAGACUCACUGUGUUUUUGGCAGAAGGCGCGUGCAAGGAAUCAGACCCCACCACCACAUAGAGAGGCAAACAUGUUCACUAACUUCUUUGACCUUACUGAUGAAAUUAAGGACAAAAUAACUCAUAUCUAUGCGAGGCUCGCCGAUGAUGAUUUUCUAAUCCAUUGUCGCUUAGUAAAUACACUGACUAGCAGUAAGACUCUCCUUGGUUGGGUUUGGCACAGAUGUGGAAGAGAAAGAUACAGGAGAUUAGAAAUGUUGCAAUUUGCAACAGCACUGACCUGUCUUGAGUGGAAUAUGGGCUAUACAGAAGGGGGCCUACAUAAGGAGCUGGGGUUGAAGUACACACCGCACACAGCAAGAAUGAAGGAAGUCAUGGAGAGAUCCAGAGUAACAAGAUAUCAGUAGAAGAAAUGCAUACAAAAAGAGACUUUGUUGUCCAGUGAUGAGCUACAGACUGAUGAUGCUUCAUCUAAAAGUGAGGCAACCAUAUAAUGAGUGAGCAGUGAACAUCUGCUGUGUUAAGUGUGUGGUGAACAGUGGUUCAUAUCCGAGUGUCACUGGAAAACCAUAAAUGUACAAAGGUUAUGUAAUUUAAUAUUUUAUUUGUAACUGUGACAUCUAUUUGAUUCAAUUGUUGUGAACUAAUAGAAAGUGUUUUAGUUCUCAGUUGACAUCAGUGUGUGACAAUUGAAUUUAUUGAUACAGAACAAGUUUAGUGUUAUAUUUUUCAUUUUUGUAAUUUUAUUGCAUUGUGCAUUUUACAGUGUUGACUUUUAUGCAUUGCUAGUAAAUGUGCUAUAUGUAUGUGAGAACUAAUGCAAGUGUAUUUUCAGUAAUUGUAUUGAUUGGGUUGAAGACUCCGUGGUGAGAUGGAAGCCUAUAACAAUGAAAUCUCUUGAAAUGGAUUGUUGAAAAUACAUGUAAGGCUCCACCAAGUGUGAGUAAAGCAUAGAGUAAUUUGUGAAAUGUUAAUACAGUGCUAAGAUAAUUGCGCACUAACAGAGACAGUGAAUACUUGUAAAGUAUUAUCAAUUAUUUUGACAAUUAAUAACCUGAGCAUUACUCUGAGUACUUUAGAACAGGGGUUCUCAAACUGUUUUCAACCAAGGAUCCCUUAUAUACCAUGACGCAUACAAAUAUUGUCAAUAAUGAAAGAAUAAAUCAUAGUCCAAAGCAUUUGUUCAUUUCAACCCAAAUCCAAAAUAUCCUGUGAAUUGGAAUCUCCAAAUCUCUCACAAACGUUAAAUCACUGCUUUAGAGUACUCAAACUGUAUACUGCUCUCUUUAAAGAUAGUUAAUUUUCUGUGUGACAGUCUCCUAUAGUGUUACCAAUUAUUUUUAUGAUUAUCCAUUUAAGAAGUAUUCUGUGCAGUUAUAUGUAUAAAUGUUUACCUCCUAUGAUCUUGAAGGGUUUCAACUGAAUCUUUCUUUGUUUGUGAAGUUGUAGUAGUGUUGAAGUUCUGUGUAACAUCAAGGCAUGAUGAUGACAAUAAUGUUAAGUUGCAACCUUUGUGUGAGUUCCGAGGAGAACUUACACAAAGCCAUGGAGGCCAGUAUUCAGAAGCGAGCACUGCUGAAGGCUCAGAGACAGGGGGAGAAAGUUAGGUUUAGAAAUUUUCCAUCAGGGCCAAAGCCUGACAAAAGGGAGACUAAGGAAGUUGGUGGUUGUCAUGGCUACUAGACUUCAGGUGUGGAGAACGGGAAAGCCGGUGACUUGAAUAGAUCUUUUUAUUAAGUAUGCCUAGACUUGUCCAGUCUCUUUGUUAUUGUUGUGCUGUUGGGAAGUGUGUGGUGUGAUGUGUGUUUAUCGGAGUUGUUGAGUUGGAGGAUUGACCGUUUUGCAUUACCAUUCUAAAUAUUAGCUAGUGGGAGACCUUUUGUAAAGGGAUGGUCAGUAUUUAGUCUGGGCAUGGAGGUUGGUUGAUGUGUCUUACUGUACUGCAGUGGGACCAUCUGUUACAUGGGUGCUCAGGUUCUGUUGGACGUCCUAUUCUAAGUAGGCCGUGUGUUGGAUAGGAGGUAGAUGUGCUGGACUUUGGCAACGGCUAGGCGUGUAGUUGCAUGGACCUAGUGCGGUUUAAAUGCUUUUAUGGCGAAACAAUAGAAGGGAGGUGUUUGGGUUGGUAUCUCGUGAGGACCGUUGCGUCAACCUUAUUGUCUGUUGGACAUCAUGUUAACUCUGACCCCUCAGAACUGGCCUCGACGCGUGAGCGCAGAUGGACUAUUCGUAAUAUAGUCGCCCGAUCCUCUCACCGGCUGGAUGGGGUCCAAUGCAUCUGCUCCUAACCUGAAAACUCUAUUUGUUAAACCUCAUUCUGGGCCUUUUUUUUUUACUUUUAUCCUCUUCACCACUGAUCGGCUCGUUAACCGCUUGGGCGAUCGGUCAAGUCUCUGUUACGCACUGUUGACAAGUACUGGGCAUGCAC